UUGCCCGUUCUGGCUGCGGCACAGCUUUUCUUUAGCGUCCCUUUCCCCCACCUGACACUCCCACAAAGCCCUGUGCUGCUCCUUCCAGCCUUCACUCCGCUCCAGGCAUGGCUCUGCAGGGUGUGUGCAAGUGGCAGGCCCCCGACACGCAGGGACUGUCUCCUCACCUGUCUCCGGCCGGUGGCUGGGCCGUGCCCCGCGGCUGUGACCCUCAAACCUUCUUGAGGACCCAUGGCCCCCGGCUGGCCCACGGCACCACCACGCUGGCCUUCCGCUUCCGUCACGGAGUCAUCGCUGCGGCCGACACCCGUUCCUCCUGCAGCAACUACGUGGCGUGUCCAGCCUCCCGCAAGGUCAUCCCCGUCCACCAGCACCUCCUGGGCACCACGUCCGGCACCUCCGCUGACUGCGCCACGUGGUACCGGGUGCUGCAGCGGGAGCUGCGGCUGCGGGCGCUGAGGGAGGGCCGGCUGCCCAGUGUGGCCAGCGCUGCCAAGCUCUUGUCCACCAUGAUGUCCCGCUACCGGGGGCUGGAUCUGUGUGUGGCCACUGCUCUCUGCGGCUGGGACCGCUCCGGCCCUGCCCUCUUCUAUGUCUACAGCGAUGGCACCCGCCUGCAGGGGGACAUCUUCUCGGUGGGCUCGGGGUCUCCCUAUGCCUACGGCGUGCUGGACCGCGGCUACCGCUACGACAUGACCACUCAGGAGGCCUACGCCCUGGCUCGCCGCGCCGUGGCCCACGCCACCCACCGUGACGCCUACUCUGGGGGCUCUGUGGACCUUUUCCAUGUGCGAGAGAGUGGGUGGGAGUACGUGUCACGCAACGAUGCCUGCGUGCUGUACUCGGAGCUGCAGAAGCUCCCGGAGCCGGAGAAGCGAGAGGAGAAGGAGGCCAGCCAGGCCCAUCCCGGACCUGCCACCCCCCACGGAGCUGGCGACGGUGGGGAACCUUCUGUGGGACGCCUACCGGGAGACUCGGGGCUCCCUGCAGAGGCUGAGACUCCGUAA